AAUACCAGCCUCCCAAGUCACUAUACACGACUGCAAAGAACUGCCAGACGAUCCCAACGUAGAAUGGAGCAUCUCAAUGGCCUCCUCUCUAAUCCUGAAGCACAUCAGAGCCCACUCCAUCAACCUGGUGAACAGGCAUACAGACAGAAAAAGGCUCUUAAAUAUCAGUUGUCUCCUGCCAAGCUGCAUUCUGCUAUCAGUGUGCUGACCUUCGAUGGAAGGGGAGUGAGUGGCCAUAGCAAUCACACUGCCAUCUACAAGGCUGUCAGCUACCUGGCUUCCAUUGGCAACAUACCAGAUGACUGCAGUCUCCUCUCUCUGUUGACCAUUGGUGUUCUCAGGAAGUACCUCUCCUUCCUGGAGCUGCCUAUCAGCUGGCUCCUCCCAUCAGAUCUCUGCUGCGUCAUAGGCUCAAAGGGCUACAUUCAAGCUAAGAGGGCCAUGCUCUGUCACCGUACCCAGCUCCUGUGGUUUCGUUACCUCUACAUUUGGUUUUCACGCUACAUGAUUAUCAACACAUUCCAAGUUAUUGAUCAAGGACCAAAGAAUCUGAAGAUCUAUUAGUGAAAAAUGAGGUUCCUGAUUAAUCUUCUGAGAAUACUGUUACUUGGGUUUGUUAAUCUUACUGUAAUCAGUUUGUGCAUCUUUUUAUAUGUUUUGCCUCAUCUGACAUAUUGAUCUCAUAGCACUGAUAUAUUCAGACAUACCUAUUGCUACCUAUUGAUUUAAUGUAGAUAUUAUAUUUUUCUAACUUUGUUGUUGAAGGAAAUACACUAUUAAAGUUUCUCUUCCACUCAUUGUCAACAUUGUUAGUUGGGAACAGAUGACUUAUCGUUAAUACACUAUUUUCAGUUUACUGUAAAAAUGUUGACAUAUACUGACACUGUAAAUGAAUAGUGAAUUUGUCAAAUUUAAGUAAAAUGUGAAUACAUAGACAUUGAUUGUAACCAAACAGGGUAGGUUUGGUCCUUUUUAUUUUUGUAAAUUAUGUACAAAAGUUAGAACAAAUGUUCAAAUUGUUAAUGAACCAAUAAA